ACGAUUAGAGACACGAAUGGCAUUUUGGGAUGUGUAGUUGUCGUAAUACCUGCUCUUACAAAACAUCUUCUCUUACAAAACAAAAAGAACACGACACGCGUGUAAAUGUGUACGUCUGCUGUUGUUUGAAUACAUACAUAUCAAGAAGCCUCAGUUUAACUCUGAAGAGGACUGCGAUACACGUUUACAAUAAUCUGUAUGCAUCGCAGUUUGUUGCUCAUUCCAGCAUCCAAGCACAUUUGGAAGUUUGUGACACUCGAGAGCCAAAGACACUGCUCCUUUACCAAAUUAGUAGGCCCAAGCAGCAUUAAUAAUCGAACCACCAUGCCAGCAGAAAAACGCAAGGCAACGUUGGUCAAAAUGGACAACACCAAACGGCAGAAGCUGCAGGCUGUAAAAGAGGGGAAGAGGGAGAGAGUAGAGGGCUGGCUGCAGGAUGUGGUGGCAGAGCAACGGAAGGAGAAGAAGGACUUGAAAUUCAACAAGCAGCGCCUCCGUUUUCUGUCCCAAACCCAGAAGAUAAAGCAAGGUUCAGAGGGAGUAGUCUACUGGAUGAACCGGGAUCACAGGGUCCAAGAUAACUGGGCGUUGAUCUAUGCCCAGCAGCUUGCCCUCGAAGAGAAGCUGCCCCUGCAUAUCUGUUUCUGUUUGGUGGUACCACAAAACUCAGAGUUGGCCACCAUCCGCCAUUUUGGCUUCAUGCUGAGGGGACUGGAGGAAGUUGCAAAGGACUGCAGUGCCCUGGAUAUUCAGUUCCACCUGCUCCAGGGCUCCGUUGGAGAAUUGCUGCCAGGGUUUGUGGCGGACUGGAGUUUUGGGGCAGUAGUGACCGACUUCUCCCCUCUAAGGACACCGCUGCAGUGGGUGGAGGAGGUCAAAAAGGGGCUUCCGUCGGAUAUCCCCUUCAUACAAGUCGAUGCCCAUAACGUGGUGCCCUGCUGGGUGGCAUCAGACAAGCUGGAGUAUUCUGCCAGGACGAUCCGUAACAAGAUCACCAAGCUUCUGAAGGAGUUCCUCACAGAGAUGCCUUUAGUGGACAAACACCCACACACUGCUCUCCGAACCGCCAAACCAGUAGACUGGGCAGAGGCAUUGUCCUCUCUGGAGGUGGACAGGACGGUGGAGGAGGUGGAUUGGGCCAAGUCUGGCACUGCAGCAGGCAUAGCCAUGUUGGAAUCUUUCAUCGACCUUCGCCUCAAGAACUUUGCCACGCAGAGGAACAACCCCAAUUCUUCUGCCGUUAGUCAGCUCUCGCCGUGGAUCCGCUUCGGUCACUUGUCUGCCCAGCGUGUGGUGCUGCAGGUAAAGUGCUGUGGGAAGAGUGCUGGCGAGUCUGUUUUCUCCUUCACAGAAGAACUGGUGGUGCGCAGAGAGUUGACCGAUAACUUCUGUUUCUACAACCCCAGCUAUGACAGUGUGAAGGGUGCAAAUGACUGGGCCCAGAAAACGUUGAAAGAUCACGCCAAAGACCCCAGGCCAUACGUCUAUACCCGCGAGCAGCUGGAGAAAGCCCAAACCCACGACAAGCUCUGGAACGCAGCCCAGUACCAGAUGGUGAUUGAGGGUAAGAUGCAUGGCUUCCUAAGGAUGUACUGGGCCAAGAAGAUCCUGGAGUGGACCUCCUCACCAGAGGGAGCGCUCUCCAUCGCCAUCUACCUCAACGACCGAUACGAGUUGGAUGGGCAGGACCCCAAUGGAUUCGUAGGUUGUAUGUGGUCCAUAUGUGGGGUCCAUGACCAGGGCUGGGCCGAGAGACCCAUCUUCGGAAAGAUACGGUACAUGAACUACAAAGGCUGCACCCGCAAGUUUGACGUGGCACAGUUUGAGAGGAAGUACUGCCCCAAAGACCUGUAAUGAGGAUAGGAGCUGAGGCAAGUUGGGGGAAGAGUGUAUAGAGUCUGGGAGCCUUUAUAUCCCAUACCUGGGUCAUAUUCGUAAGGGCAAAAACGUAUCAAAAUGUUGUUCAAUGCAAAAAUGAAAAUAAUCCUUUAUUAUUACAUAUUCAGGUGGUCCCUCCGUUUCUUUCUGUUUUGGUGCCUAGUGAAUACUACCUUGUUCUCGAACCUACUCCAGACUUUAAGAUGGGGUCAAGUUCGGCACAGCACAUGUAUCUUUAUCUGUGUUCUUAUUGUUCAGGGCCCGUAUCCACAAAGCAUCUUAGGAAAGGUCCUAGGAAUCCUGUACACUUGUUUUAAGACAACAACCAAAAACGACUCUUAAUUCUUGCCUAAUAUGUUGGCAUGAAUAACUUCUUCUUUUUUAAAUGUUUUAUUUUUUUACAAAGAUUUUUACAAAGAAGAUUUUUUAUUUGAAAGGCAUUGCACUGAAUCAUACAAUAUGAUGGUUGUUAAAAGCAGAAUUUUCAUUAUAUUACUGUUAUAUCAACCCACUCAUCUCUCUCCUUCAACAACUCUGAAUCUCUUUUAGCACAGUAGGCAUCAAGUCACUUGCCGAUAAUGUUGCCUAAAAUAUUUUGAAAGGUCUAUCAUUGACCACCAAAAGCACAGCCCCUAGACAGCCCCUAGAUGCCCCUAGACAGCCCCUAGACAGCCCCUAGAUGCUGUCAAUUGUCAAUUGCCGAGCUGACAAGGUACAAAUCUGUCGUUCUGCCCCUGAACAGGCAGUUAACCCACUGUUCCUAGGCCGUCAUUGAAAAUAAGAAUUUGUUCUCAACUGACUUGCCUGGUUAAAUAAAGGUUAAAAAAAAUAAUAAAAAAAAAAACAUGUAGGUUAAUGAAAUAGUCAAAAAGAAAAAUGUGAUCAAGUAUUUAGGCAUAUCAUAAUGUGAAUUAGGCCUCGUGUAAAAUCAUUGUCAAAAGCGCAAGAAAUACCUACUGUUGCAUGAAGGUCUAUAUUAUUUAUGGGCUAAUCGUAUAGAAAUAUCAAACUAUUCUUUCAACUCCAGAUCAUUGCUUGUCUAUGGCGCAGGAACCACUGUCCUUUACUGUUUUCAAGACACCUGCUGGUAACUCUUAACUGGUUAGGACAGCUCAUGAGGUCUCCUAAAUAUCUGCCGACUAGGUGGGACUCUUGUGACUAAAGAGGCUUCACGCAUAGCUUUUAUUUUUACCCAGGAGAGAAGGAGAAAAAUGUCUCCAUUCUCAGCACCUGCGACCAAUGUUCUACUCUGAGACGCUUUGUUGAUACGGGCCCAGGUAGUACCUCUCCGUUUCACUCUGUUUUCCCCCUACUGCGCACAGCUGGGGGUUUUCAGCCACAGCAUGCUGCUAUUUCAGGUUUAUAUAAAACUACAUGGACUGCAGAAACAAUGUUAUACACACAACUGUAAGUCGCUUUAGUUAAAUGAAUCUGUUAAAUGGAACAUACUGUAGCUAUAGCAAUAUAUCAAUAUGUGUUUGGUUGGGAAGCAGAUCAAACGUGUCAAAUAGGAUGUCAAACACUCUUCUGAGGUCAAAAGGUAAUUAUACUCCAUUUCAUUUGUAUCUGGUAUCUAAGCGACUAUGCAAAUUAUGCUAGUGUAUGUACAUGUAUUACGGUUUUGCGUGAUUGAUUUUCUUUGGCUUGUCAAGAACAUCACUGAUGUUUUUAUUUCACGUGUAUUUCCUAGUGUUAUUUUGGUAACAUCUUCCUUGACACCCAGCGUGGUAACACUUUCCUUGACACCCAGCGUGGUAACACUUUCCUUGACACCCAGCGUGGUAACACUUUCCUUGACACCCAGCGUGGUAACACUUUCCUUGACACCCAGCGUGGUAACACUUUCCUUGACACCCAGCGUGGUAACACUUUCCUUGACAGCCAGCGUGGUAACACUUUCCUUGACAGCCAGCGUGGUAACACUUUCCUUGACAGCCAGCGUGGUAACACUUUCCGUGACAGCCAGCGUGGUAACACAAUAUGUCACAACACGUGUAAAUAUAUUGGUCAUGACAGUAGUAUGAAGGUGUUAUAACAUGUUAUGGCGCUUGGUGUCAAGUAAAGUGUUACCAUUAUUGUUUUGUGUCACAGUUGUCUUACGAAGAGAUUAGCAUUGUGCGUUGUAUUUUUGAAUAAAGUUGUCAUUUGUUUUUAGUAUAGUGUUCUGUGUCCAAUAAAUGUAUUAUUCUAUAAUGUUA